UAUAGCCUAUGCUCGCCUUUCAUUAAUUGGUUUGAAACUUUAUAAGCGUCUUGCAGCGCUCACUUGAUUCUUUUUCAAAAGCGAAAGAGGAAAAUUGUUGCGGUCUCAAAGCUCCCAUCUAGCAUACACAAUAUCUUUUUUGUGGUAGCCGUUUAGCGCGUGCACCUAUAUUAUUGAAAAAUGCCUACAGAAACAACACGCAUAAACGUAGUAAUAAUUGGCCAUGUGGAUAGUGGCAAAUCCACGACAACAGGUCACCUCGUUUAUAAAUGUGGUGGCGUGGAUCCAAGAACCAUCGAGAAAUUUGAGAAGGCUGCAGCACAGAUGCCCUGGUUCAAAGGGUGGAAAAUCAAAAGAAGGGAAGGGAAUGCUAAUGGUAGAACAUUGCUGAAGGUCCUGGACUCCAUUUCUCCCCCUGUACGGACUGUAAACAAGCCCCUCCGUCUGCCCCUGCAAGACGUUUACAAGAUUGGAGGUGUGGGCACUGUUCCUGUGGGGAAGAUUGAGACUGGCGUGCUGAAGCCUGGCAUGCGGUUGACCCCAUCAACUGCACUGCUUGUGGUCUAGGGGGCUUGCGGAAACCUGACCUAGACGCUUUGCUGCCCGGGACUUGAAGCAGACCGUAGCAGUUGGUGUCAUCAAAUCCGUGAAUAAAACUGAUCAAUGCCCAAAGAAGACUGCACAGAAAGCCCAAAGCCUAAAAUGAACUGCUUGUAUAAUGUUGCACAGCAAUCAAGAAUGCCUAACAUAAAAGUUUAAGUUAACCUUUGUUGGUGUUGGACCGCUUUACAAGAAAGCACUGUUUUUUGUUUACUAUUUUUCCAAGGGUCCUGAUUUACUGCUCAGUUGGUGAAAUGUUAUGCUGAAAGCUUCAUGGAAUAAAAGCUGUGCAAAACUAA